CUCUCCCAACUUUGAGAACCUCUGAAAGCUGACCGCUAUCGCAGUGUCUAUGGGAGUGCCAUCCCCUUAACAGACAACGGUAAAAGGCCUGAUUGAACUAUCUUCAUUUAUCCACCAUAUUUGAUGAAACUCCCACUCGAUCACUCGGUGCUCUUUUGACCGUCCUGGAUGAACCAAGAGCUGUGUUGUUUUUCCUAACUGGCUCUGGCACAGGAGAAAUGGUAGCUAGCUAGCAGUCUGUGAAAAUUUGUCUAACGCACGACUGUGAUUAUCUGAUCGAAAUAAUGAAUUUACUACCAUCAAACACACAUGGGAACGGACUACUGUACGCGGGAUUCAACCAGGAUCAUGGAUGCUUUGCUUGCGGAAUGGAGAAUGGGUUUAGAGUGUACAACACAGAUCCACUCAAAGAGAAAGAAAAACAAGGGACACAGCAUUGUGACAGCGAGAGCCAAGAGUUCAUGGAGGGCGGGGUCGGGCAUGUGGAGAUGCUGUUCAGGUGUAACUACCUUGCGCUGGUUGGAGGAGGAAAAAAGCCCAAAUACCCACCUAACAAAGUGAUGAUCUGGGAUGACCUGAAGAAAAAGACUGUUAUAGAAAUUGAGUUCUCCACAGAGGUCAAAGCAGUGAAGCUUCGAAGGGACAGGAUCGUGGUGGUCCUGGACUCUAUGAUCAAAGUGUUCACGUUCACCCACAACCCUCAUCAGCUGCAUGUGUUUGAGACCUGCUAUAACCCCAAAGGUCUGUGUGUGCUCUGUCCCAACAGUAACAACUCUCUGCUGGCGUUCCCGGGGACCCACUCUGGGCACGUGCAGAUCGUAGACCUUGCCAACACAGAGAAGCCUCCAGUGGACAUCCCCGCCCAUGAGGGGGCGCUGUGUUGCAUCGCCCUCAACCUGCAGGGAACCAGGAUAGCCACUGCCUCCGAGAAAGGGACCCUGAUCAGAAUAUUUGACACCAUGGCAGGCCACCUGAUUCAGGAGUUGAGGCGAGGGUCACAGGCUGCUAACAUCUACUGCAUCAAUUUCAACCAGGAUGCGUCCCUCAUUUGUGUGUCUAGUGACCACGGUACAGUCCACAUAUUCGCUGCAGAGGACCCCAAGAGGAACAAACAGUCCAGCCUAGCCUCGGCCAGUUUCCUUCCUAAGUACUUCAGCUCCAAGUGGAGCUUCUCCAAGUUCCAGGUUCCAUCAAACUCGCCGUGUGUGUGUUCCUUCGGAACAGAACCCAACUCUGUCAUAGCCAUUUGUGCUGAUGGCAGCUACUACAAGUUCCUGUUCAAUCAGAAGGGGGAGUGUUCCCGAGAUGUCUACGCACAGUUCCUGGAGAUGACAGACGAGAAGAUCUGACCUUUCACCCUACCACCUCCUGCCAACGGACAGACGUGUACAUGGCGGAUGGGUUUAUUUUCUGGAGCAGGAGGACGAGGGGGGAUGGACAGAAGGAGGAGAUGAUGUUUCUGCUCACCCACUGCUGAUGAACUCUACGUGAAGCGUCAGAGGGAAGGUGAGAGAGACACCAUCUCCGAAACAGAGGAAUGAAAGAUGGGCCGAGAGAAUUCAGGACUGAGUGCCCUCUGACAACCUACUUAAAGACUCCCUGUACAACUGGACAACUACAGCAAGACAGGGGUACGAGAACACUAACGGACGUCACCUGGGCCUCCUUGUCCGGGGAGGAACGAGGGAGACUUGCUUUUUAAAGAUGUCUUCUGUGAAAUGUAUGAUGAUCGGGCGGUUAUUUUUUAAAGGUGUAUAGCGUUGAUUCUAAUAGGUAGAUGCAUAGAAAACAAAUCUUGUCAACUAACACCGCCUAAUCUAACUAUAGGGAGUGCCUCUGAGCUGAAUCGAGAGUGGAGUGUGUGUAUAUACUCGCAUACAUACAGUACAUUCAAAGUUCAGACCCCUUCACUUUCUAUAUUGUUACGUUACAGCCUUAUUCUAAAAUUAAAUAUUUUUUUCCCCCCAUAUAAUCUACACAGAAUACCCCAUAAUGACAAAGCGAAAAGUUUAUUUUAGAAAUACCUUAUUUACAUAAGUAUUCAGACCCGUUGCUAUGAGACUCAAUUGAGCUCAGGUGCAUGCUGGUUCCAUUGAUCAUCCUUGAGCUGUUUCUACAACUUGAUUGGAGUCCACCUGUGGUAAAUUCAAAUGAUUUGGAAAGGCACACACCUGUUUUAUAUAUUGUCCCACAGUUGACAGUGCAUGUCAGCAAAAACCAAGCCAUGAGGUUGAUGGAAUUGUUUGUAGAGCUCUGAGACAGGAUUGUGUCUGAUGACACCAAGAUUGAACUCUUUGGUCUGAAUGAGAAGUGUCACAUCUGGAUAAAACCAGGCACCAUCCCUAUGGUGAAGCAUGGUGGUGGCAGCAUCAUGCUGUGGGGAUGUUUUUCAGUGGCAGGAAGACUAGUCAGGAUCAAAAGAAAAGCUGAACGGAGCAAAGUACAGAGAUCCUUGAUGAAAACCUGCUCCAGAGCACUCAAGACCUCAGACUGGGGAGAAGGUUCACCUUCCAACAGGACAAUGACCCUAAGCACACAGACAACACAGAAUUGGCUUUGGGAUAAGUCUCAAUGUCCUUGAGUGGCCCAGCCAGAGUCUGACUUGAACCUGAUCGAACAUCUCUGGAGAGACCUGAAAAUAGCGGUGCAGCGACGCUCCCCAUCCAACCUGACAGAUCUUGAGGAUCUGCUGAGAAGAAUGGAAGAAACUCUCCAAAUACAAGUGUGCCAAGCUUAUAGUCAUAUGCAUGAAGACUGGAGGCUGUAAUCGCUGCCAACAAAGUACUGAGUAAAGGGUCUGAAUACUUAUGUAAAUGUGAUAGUUUUAUUUUUAAUACAUUUGCAGAAUGUGUGUAGAUUGAGGGGGAAUGAUUUAAUUCAUUUUAGAAUAAAGCUGUAAUAUAAAUGUGGAUUAAGUCAAGGGUUCUGAAUCCUUUUCAAAUGCACUGUGUAUAUAUACAAAUUGCAUGGGUGGGACUUCACAAGGUAAGGCCAUUGAGUUGGUCAGAUAACUUUGAAAUAAAUAUUUCAAUCAUCGUACAGUUGAAGAAUUGAGUCAGUUUAAAAGUUCCUAUUUUGAUAUGAACUUGAUAUUAAAAGGCUGAGUAUUUACGGUGGUUAUCUGGUUAACCUCAGUGAUUCCUCUUGGUGAAACACCACCCUGGUAGAGCUAGGUUUAGCUUUUACUCACUGUAUAAACACAAUGAAUAUGCCAGACUGAACACAUGUAAUUUACAGCAUAAACUGUACAGAAUUAGAAGACAUUUUUUGAUUAACAAGUGUUAUUGUUUCACUCUUCCUGCCAUUUAUGUCGCUGUGUGUGUAUGUGCAAUAUUCUUUACAGUAUGAGUCUACAUGAGGAUGAGGUGAAUUAGUACCUAUAAGCCGACCCAAAAACACUGAUUCUGGGCUAGAUUCAAUCCGAUUGCCCCUAUGCGGCUAUGUACCAUUUUUAAAAGCAAGAUUUCCGUGUUCGCAGAGACUGCAUUCAUGGUAAACGCUGCAUAUGUCGGCUCAAUCGGAAAUGAAUGUCAAUCACGCUAUAAUGCAGCUCUUCCGUGGUCCGGAUUGAAUCUAGGCCCAAGUACUUUGAUUAGGAUGAAAACAAUGUAAAGCUCAAACUCAAACUUGAUCAGUCUCCGGAUGAGAAUUUGAAUAACGUACAUCUUCUUAACGGAUCCUCACAGACAAGCUUAAUUCGUUCGGGUUUAUCAUACAUCCGUUCAUGAAAUAAUACAACCGUUUUCCCAGAGCCAAAGCCUUCAAGUCAUUGCGUGAACUGAUGAACUGUUCUGUCAUGAUCACAGUGAAUAGAAAAUACAGUUUCCACCCCCUGUGCUUACACUAAAAAAAAAAUGCUUUCAAGAUUAAGGGAUAAAUUCAAUCAGAUCCGCUUUAGUCGACAUCCGCAUAGUGGUUGUUUUGGCAUUGGGACUGCGAUAGAGCUGUCAAAUCCACAAGCGUCUCCUGCCAUUAUACUUAAAGCAGACAUUAACAUUGGCUGCAUUGUUUAAAAGUGGAAUGUAAAAUACGCCUGGAUUAGGAUGAUAGAAAUCCUCAUAAUUUAGUUUUCAAUUUGAGCGUGUAUAGCCUACACUUUCCUGUUCUGAACUUUUAACGUGAAUGGAGCGGUGGGCUUCGUGACAAUGAUCGUAAGAGCAGCUGCUCAAAGUUGACUGUUCAACUCAGCUCCACUGUCAAAACAUCUGCUAUGUGGGUGUCUGCUAUCACAGGUUGAUGCUUGAUCUGAUUGAAUCUUAGGCAUAGAUUCAAUCUGAUUUAAACCAAAAUCCACCUUCUCUUUGUGUGCCAAUGUACACCCAUUCCUUUCUGGUGAGGUUUAGUUGGCUGGUGUAGUUUGCCCAUGAAGAGAACUCUUCUGCUUGUUCACUAUGGUCAGCUUAAGCACAUUUCUAGCAUAAAUUCUGAUCUACAUACGACUCAAUGUGUGGAUCUACAUGCAGUAUUAACUUUAGAACCCAUCUUAUGUUUGUCACAGCAUCGGCUCAUGUGCAUGACCAUACAAUGCUGUGCUCCAAUGUAUUGUUUAGAGUAUUUGUCAUUUGUUCCGUUAAAUCUGAACUUUGUACCAACAUUCAUUUCUGUGUUCAAUGGGAACCACUGAAUGCAUUUCAUGUGUUGCUUCCUGCUCUGAUUGUGCAAGUGGAAUUCACUCACUACAUGAUUGUAAAAUCCUGCAUUUAAAUUUGUGAAUAAAACAUCAGGUAGUGUAGGUGACUUA